UGACUUUAAUACUGUUCCCAAGGUUUAUUUGAGUUAUCACAGUCUUUAUAGACAGUGUGUUCACCACUGUAAGUUAAAAUACUCUGAUAUUGAUUAUUCCCUUAUCAGACAAAUCCUACCUCUCUCCAAGACAUGACAAAUAUUACAGCAGUACUGGAAUUCAGGCUACUGGGCUUCAGUAGCAACGCACACUGCCAGAUCCUGCUAUUCACAGUGUUUUUGGUUAUUUAUACUCUCACCAUCCUAGGAAACAUCACUAUUAUUUCAGUGGUGACACUGGAGCCAAGACUUCAUUUGCCCAUGUACAAAUUUCUCAAGAACCUCUCUUUCCUAGAGGUCUGUUACACCACCACAGUUGUACCCAAGACGCUGGCCAAUCUACUGGCAAAGAGGAAGAGCAUCUCCUUCUCAGGAUGUAUGGCACAGCUUUAUUACUUCAUUUCCUUGGGAGCCACUGAGUGCUACCUUUUGGCAGUGAUGGCAUAUGACCGAUACGUUGCGGUCUGUGAACCCCUGCACUAUGGUGUGGUCAUGACUGCUGAGUCUUAUACCUGUCUGGCUAUGGGCUGCUGGGUCACUGGUGUUUUCACUGGUUUUCUGCCCUGUCUGAUGGUCUCCAGAUUGCGUUUCUGCAGUGACAACCUCAUUAAUCACUUCUUCUGUGAUAUCCCUCCACUGUUGAAGCUUUCAUGCUCAGACACCACUGUCACAGAAGCUGUCAUCUUCAUCCUCUCUUUUCUGGUACUUGCCAGCUGUUUUCUGUUGACUCUUGUCUCAUACCUACUUAUAAUUCUCAGUAUCCUGAAGAUACCCUCCGCUUCUGGAAAAAGAAUUACCUUCUCCACCUGCAGCUCACACCUCAUGGUAGUGACUAUAUACUAUGGUACGAUGAUCUCCAUGUAUGUCCGUCCCUCCUACAACCUGUCCUCAGAGAUCAAUAAGGCUGUAUCUGUGCUCUACACAGUAGUCACACCCCUUCUCAACCCAGUAAUCUACAGCUUGAGAAACAAGGCAUUCAAGAAGGCCUUGGGAAAAAUAGUCAUCAGACACCAUCGUCUUCAUUCUUUGUGAGUUGGGAACACUUUGAGAUUGACUCUUGUUGAUAUUCAGGGUCUUUGUUGUAUUCUGACUACAGAACAGGUUAUCAUGAGCAUGAGCAAUAGCAGCUGUUUUUGUUGCUUUUGUAUAAAGAAAUAAUUCAAGGAAGUUAUUACUGUAAACCAAAAUGACUCCUGGACUAUACAAUGUUCCACUUUCCUGUUUUUCCUCUUCCUCUUUUUUACCCACCAUCUAAUUUACUUUUUACUACUACUAUAACUGCUAUCUGAAUUACACUUUUUUUCUUAUUAGUGCACAGACACAAAUAUGCAUGAA